AUGAAUCGCCCAUUUACUGACCAUGAGAGCUUGAUUGACCUGCAAAAAGUGAAUGGAGUUCAGAUUGGGCGUUUGCUUCAUAGUAGAAUGGUCUGCGGAGACAUUAUAGAACACAUUUCGGCUGAAAUGAGGAAAAAGAUUGUCUCACAAAUUAUAACAAAAAAAACUAAGAUCACUAUAUUAGUUGAUGAAGCUACUACACUUUCUAGAAAAUCAACUCUUGUUAUUUUUUUAAAAUCAAGUGUUGAUGGUGUCAUGAAUCCAGUAGCAUUUCCUUUGGAUUUGAUAGAGUUAGAAAAUGCCUCAGCUGAGAGCAUAAAACAGGAAAUAAUGAAAUGUUUAUUCCAUCAUGGUUUUACUUUUGAAGUAUUGACAGAGAUCUUUGUCAGUUUUUGUAGUGAUGGCGGAAAUGUCAUGCUUGGCGUAAAAGCUGGUGUUGGAAAACUCUUACAAGGAGACUUUCCCAAACUAAUUCUCUGGCAUUGCAUGAAUCACAGGCUUGAACUGGCUGUGGAUCAAGCACUAGAUGUGACUGGAGGUACAAAUGACUUCAGGUCAUUUUUAGACACCUUAUACACACUUUACAGUCAGUCACCAAAAAAUGUACGUGAGCUUAGUGCACAGGCUAAUGAGCUGCAUGUCUUGCUUAAAAAAAUUGGCAGAGUUUUCAACGUAAGAUGGGUAGCUUCAUCGUGGAGAGCAGUGAAUGCAGUCUGGCAGACGUAUCCUGCAUUAGCUGCACAUUUUCAAAAAGCCUCACAAGAUCAAUCAAGGGAUAGAAGGGAGCAAGUGAAAUUCCAAGGUCUACAUUCAAAACUGUGCUCAGUCAACUUUGUAAAAAAUAUGUCAAUUAUGUUAGAUGUUCUGACUGAGCUCAAAAAUUUAUCAGAACUCUUACAAGACAGAAAAAUGACCAUUCCAAAGGCAGACAACCACAUAAAAAUGUAUGUGCGGAGAAUUGAAAGCCUAAAGAGAAUACCAGGAUUUCACAGUGAACAGACACAGAAUGCAGAAGAGGGAAUUAUGUUCAAAAAUACAAAGUUGACAGGCAUUGGGAAAAGUCCCAAGAUCAAAUCCUCUCAAUUCAUUCAGGCUGUUGUUGACAACAUGAGGUGCAAAUUAUUUACCACCACUGCUAAUAAAGCAACAGAAAGCGUAGCAAAAGGUAGGGAAACUGCUUACCACACCCUGAUUGACAGCAUAUCUGUUCUGAAUCCUGAAUCUUGGCAAACUGAUGCUGAUAAUCCACUUUUUGGAGACCAAGAGAUUCGUACACUAUGUGAAAUGCUGAAUGUCAGUUACCAUGAAACACACCUGGGAUUUGUGGAAUAUAAAUGCUGCGCAGGACGGAUUGUUCCCGAAAAAUUAAAGAAAUUAAUUCUUGCAGUAGAUACUCUUGCAGCAAGCAAUGCUGACUGUGAGCGAGGCUUUAGUGUUAUGAACAACAUAAUUACAGAUAAGCGGACUGCACUGACCACUCGACAUGUGUCGGACUUACUUUUUAUUUCAAUUGUUGGUCCUCCCUUCACUGAGUGGAAUCCGGACACAUAUGUAAAAUCGUGGCUGGGCAAGGGACGUCGGGCAGCCCAAUCCUGUAAAGGCAUGGCAAGACAGGAGCAAGCAAGGCAACAGGAUCAGGCCUUCUAUAAGCAGCUGUGGAAGUGCCUUUAA